AUGCUAGGAUUGGGUACUCUUGCUCUAUCAUUUUUCCUUUUGGCACCUUCAGGAGCCUCUGCCGCAAAUAGCUUCGCUGGAGCCAACAACUAUUACGCGUAUGCGCUCCCUGAAAGCGAUCGCAUUACCCUUUUGGAUGGAAUGCAGGCUGCCGGGAUGAAGGUCCUUCGAACGUGGGUCUCCGGACAGACCGCUGGCCAGAAAAAAAGUGAUAGUGUAGCUGUUCCCGAUCUGGAAGCGAAUGGCAUUGGGAAUUACGAUGAUACAAUUUUGAAUCUCAUUGACCAACUUAUGGUUGAUGCCCAUGCUCGAGGAAUCAAGCUUCUCAUUGAAAAUAGUCUUCAAGCUGGUGAUAUUUACGGCAGAACCUACGGUGUGGAAGGGUUCUAUACUAGUUCCGUCGCAAUCGAUGCCUUCAAUCAACGCAUAACUCACAUCCUGAAUAUUCAUAAAAACUCCUUGCUUGAUAACCAGCCGUGGAGCGAGUUGGGAGGGUAUAUAUUUGGGUACGAAGCCCAGAACGAGCCGAUGAUAUUUGACCAAUCGUUUUAUUUGGACCAUCUUUCUUGGAUCUGCAAUUCUGCAUUGCAGAUUCGCAACAACGUCGGGGACACCAACCAGCUUAUUUUCACUGGCGGAGGCUCCGCCGCAUCCAGCGUUCAAUCCGUCUUCUUCUCCAGUUCUUGCGCUAUCGAUGUAGUUGCCGUUCACGAUUACAACGAUGACUAUGACAAUUUUAUGUCUUCCGCCAUAUCCGAAGCAAAGGCUGCUGGCAAAAAGAUUCUGGUGGAAGAAUGGGGAUCCCUCGCUCCAAGCGGGAGCGCGCGUACCGCCAAUAUCGAGUCCAAUGUGCAGAAGAUCAACAAUUACAAGGUUCCAUGGUUCUAUUGGGAAUUGAUCACGAAUCCAGAUCCAGGCGAAGGGCAGGACUACGAGAUCGAAGUCAACGGGGCGGAUUGGAGUACUAUCUCUGGUUUGGCGGAUACCACGGCUGCCAUCACGAAUGCAGCAUUUGAUUUCAGUGCGUCUCUCGCUUUGUGA